UGCAAAUGUCUGUCAGCGGACAUUGAGCACCUCCUAAUGAACUUACUAGCUAACAGUCACAACAAAAACAGAACAGUGUAUUGCUAAUUAAAAACAUACUCUCAAUACGUCUUAGAAGGAGGAUACAAACAAGCCUAACAUAAUGAGUGGUCUACGCACUGUCCUGGUCUCUACUGGGUUUGUCGGUGUGGUAGGCAUUGGAUAUGGAAUGUGGUCAGUGAUUACACCAGGAGAGGAAAGGAAGAGGGAAAUGCUCAAGAAUCUACCCGAAGCUAACCCACUGAGAAUGGAGGAGACAAGGAAGAGGAACGCCCUCAUGAUGCAGGUGCUGAAGGAAGCUGCAGAGACCGAUGACAACAUUGCGAGAGGAUUGGGCCCUAUGAGAUCCCAGAAAUAGUCAUGCUCACAUGCCGGUUCUCCAACUCAGACAUCACAUGCAUCAUCCAAUGGUUGCGUGCCAUGUCAUCGACUGUGCCAUCAGGCACCAGAUUGCUACAACGUGGUUAGCUGAUACGUUAAAAAAAAUUGAAAAAAACUAUCCACAUCUGACAUGUGACGUCUGAGCAGGGGAACCAGACCAUUGUCUUCACAUUAAUUUGAAAGACGUGGGGAAGAGACCAUACUAUUACAGAUGACACACCAGUAAACCUGAGCUUCACCACUUCCUCUUAAGAGAUAAGAUUAUAUUGGCUAAGUGUUUGCAUUCAUGUUGAGUAUGAAUGAGUGUAAGGGGCGUUAAGUACUUUGUUUCACUGAAUGAGAAAGUGCUGAAAAUAAGAGGCAAUGGUUCCCAAACUUCACGACUUGAACACAUGCUCUGUUACAUUGAAACAAAGCAUAUUUAUUACAAUAAGUGUUGUAUAUAAUUCAUUCAUCAUUUUUGCUAGCUGAACGUGCUUGUGAUGGUCACAACAAUGUAUGGCUAAUAAAAUGUGAACAAUCCUGCCUAGUUUUUUAUAUUGGAUAUUUUCUGUUACGUUUUGUAAAACCAAUUCGAUUUCAUGGAUAGAGUAACGUUUUUAAAUGAUGUAGUUUGCAUGAUCAUAAAUAUAAUUCUGUUGUCACUUGUCAGCGGACCAUUGUUGGGGACCCUUUUACCGGUUGCACCCAUUUCCGGCUUGAGAAAAUGACGUUAAUUUCAAUUGAUGUCGAAGGUUGCGGUCAGAUUCAUGCACAACACAUGCAGUCGUAAUCGUCAUACCUGAGUGGUCGUAACUGGGAUCGAGAUUACAUUUUUAACUGAUGUACGUUUUAAUAAUAAGCGAUUAUAGUAAUUUGUCAAGUUAGCUGCUUGGUAGUAAUCACAUCAAGCCAAGCACAGCUAACGAGCUAGUUAGCAUAAAUCCAUAUAUUUUUUGGGGACAAUGUCAACACCAGAGCCAUUUCCCGUACCACCGGGCUCAGUAUCACCUGCAGCGGGUCAAAUGUUUGGGAGCUGCUGGAGUUGUCGGAUUCUUUCAGGUGGUGGUCUGCUGUUAGGAGCUGGAUAUGUCUUCCUAGCCGCCCGAAAAGUAAUGCGCCAAGGUGGGACAACCUCAAUGGGAACUGUCGCACAAGUCGCGUUUGCAGCAAGUUUGGCUGCUUGGGGAGUCGUGGUCAUCGCUGACCCUGUGGGGAAAUCACACAGGAAGGCUUGAAGAUGCUCUGACAGAUGGAAUUAUUUGAAGCUGCUGAAGUAUAAGCCAUGGUCAUAUCCAAGAAUACUUUGACAGAUAGUGAUCUUGGCAUAAUGGAUGAGAACAUGCCAAAGACUAUUCUCAUCAUCUGUCAGUGUGACCUGUCUAUAAUACAUUAAAUAAAUUGAGAAUAUGUGCA